CAAAACCGCCCAUAUUCUACCACUGUGCAUGUUUACCCCUACAAAUCCGUAUGGCAAAUUAUACAAAUCCGGAUGAUUACAAUCAUGAUCUUUACGAUGAAGAAAAUUGGGACAACGACGAUCCGUAUGGCGGAGAUCCAUAUGAUGGAGAUCCAUACGAUGGAGAUCCAUACGAUACCGGGGAAGGGUCGAGUCAUCCUACGCCUCGUCGGGCAAAUGCAAGAAUGAGACGAGCUGCUGUUGGGAUAUGUAACAUCCACCAUGAUACGUACAUGUGCAAGGAACCGUGCCGUACCUCCGCCUUAACUGGUCAAGCUUGGGUCACCGAGCUAGAAGAGGGAAACCCAAAGCGUAUGUAUCAAUCAUUUCGUAUGAGUAAGAUGAAUUUCUUUUCACUUGUUUACCAACUUGAGCAUAAUUAUGGGUUGCAAGUAUCCGAGCGAAUCUCGGUUGCUGAGCAAGUAGCUAUCUUUCUCUGGAUAAUGGGCCAACGAGCUAAUAAUAGAAAUGCCCAAGAACGUUUUCAACAUUCGGGGGAGACUAUAUCAAGGCAGUUUCAUAAUGUGCUAAACGCCCUUAAUGCCAUGGCUAUCAAUUGGGUUAGACCAUGGCCUCAACAAGGAGUGCAUAGCAAAAUAGCUAACAAUCCAAGAUAUUAUCCACAUUUCAAGGACUGCAUUGGGGCUAUUGAUGGCACUCACAUAAAAGCCCACCCACCUACGGGCGACCCUAUACAGAAAUGGAUUGGUCGGAAAGAAUAUCCAACACAAAACAUUAUGGCCGCAUGUGACUUUGAUAUGUGCUUCACGUUCGUGUUAUCGGGAUGGGAAGGAAGUGCGCACGACACAAGAAUUUUUUAUGAUUGUAUAAGGAAUCCUGCGUUAAAUUUUCCAACACCACAAGGAGUUUAGUCCUGCGA